AUGCAAGAAAAGGCGUUGGGUCAGGCAAUUUAUGCCAAGAAGGCGCCAACAGCAUCUACGACUCUUCGGCGAGUUGAUGAACGAAGCAGCAAUAACAGUAGUCGGGCUUCAACGCCUUGUAGUAGUAGCAGCAACAACGGUAGUAAUAAUAAUAGGAAUAUCAUUUCGGAACAUCAUCAGUACGAUCAGCAACAAACCAAUCAUACCAAUGAAAUAAUACCACGUAGGAAGAAAAAUAGUAUUGUUCCAUCAAAAACAAGCAACAAAUCUUCCAAAAUAAGCCAAAGGCAAAAUAAUAUUCAAACAAAAGGAUCAGCCACCAGUGGUUCUCUCUCUGAACUGAAUUCCGAGUUUGUAGACUCGUCAGAAGAGACCAAUAAUGAUUCGUGCAACCAUAAUUUAAAUGUAAUUCAUGGAGACGAGAUUAUUGAUGAAACAAGCGAUAUUUCGUCCAUUCAAUUAAGUAGUAACGGAAGCUCACCUACGGCUGCAGGCACCACAACACUACCGUGGGCAUUCGAUAACAAUACUAAGGAAACUGGUUGUACCCAUGAGAAAAAUGGUGCAACAUCUCACGAAAUAUCAUCUGUAAUUACUAGGGUGCUGGGUCCUUGCGUUGAGGUACCUGGUGACUGUGUUGGCAACUCGGAAACCCACAAUUAUCGCACACCUCCAAUUCAUGCCUGGAAUGAGGGAGGAGAAACUUCGAUCAUGAACACCAGUACGCUGUCUGCCGUUGUACUAAUUCCUUCGGUGACACCUACUCCAGCAGAAUUUGAGGACGAAGAAGAAGGCACUGGGAGAGAUAGCCCUACACUUGUUAUCUCAGCAAGAUCAAUAUCACCCAUUCCAAAACGACCAAAUUCAAAUUCAACCGCCAACGGUACAGUGACUCAACAGUCAACAGAGCUAGAACACAGCCAAGAUAACCCUAAUCCCCUCGACCAAGAGAUUGUUCAAGAGAACGUUGAUAAUUCACUGGUCCAAAAAGAAGAGCAAGAAUUGCUGCUAUCCUCCAUAGAAUCCUUAAAGGCACCAUCACUCAAUGUAACCCAACAAUCUGCUCCUCAACAGCACUCACAACAUCAGCCACAACCAAAUACUUCUACCACAAAUCAAACCAUUGUAAAAACAUUACUUCUCGAUGGAGCAUCCAUUGACAAUACUUUCUCUCGUAAAAAUCCUUCUCCAACCAUCAGAUCAACAAGUCCUGUGAAAAUAGCUCAAGUUUCCAAAAAGAGUACUGCCACUGCCAACACUAAUGCCACCAAUAUAAAAACUCGAAGUACUCACAAUGGUACAAACAACAGAAAGAAAACAGCAGAGACUCAAUCCCGUAUCGGAUCUUCAGACGAAAGUAAUGGCCAGAGAGUUUUAGAUCUUGAUCCGAAAGCCGCCAAAGAACUUGUAAAUAGCGGAGUUGCCUUAAAUCCAGAACUUUCUCAAGAGACUCUGCAAAAACUUGAAUAUUUAUCGGAUCGACAUUUUAUGACAAAUAUAGAUAUUACAAACUUUAGGAAAUCUGGAGUACCAGCUUCAAUUAAGACAAACCUUCUCAGUGAUGUACAAUUGAAAAAGGCACUGAGAUCUGCAUUUGAAAUUAAUAACGACUCAUAUGUGGGAGUAAUUACAGAGAUGGCAGACAAGGCUAGUAGUAAUGUAAAUGCAAUUGUACAGCUCAUACCACCAAGUCGAGUUCCAAAGGAAUACCAUGUAUAUUCAAACUCACCAAUUUAUGAAGGCCUAGUCAAAGAAGGAAAAUUUGACUACAACGAAAAAGGACACUAUUGGGAAAAACUGGUAUUUCCCUCAGCUAAUCCUUCAAAACGGGUGGAAGUAUAUCUCCUAGCUAAGGCCAUGGAUGCCAUGUUAAAAAAGGCCAGAAAAGAAGACAAGCAACGAGAUCAAAACUCUGAAGAUUAUUACAAAUCUAUCGUGGAAAAUAUGAACAAGUCGUUCAUUGUGCAUUUACAUAGCUUGUUUGAAGUCUCACGACAAGUUUUUGCAACUUGCGUCGAAAGAGGUGUCAUUCUGCAACGGAUUCAUCGAUAUUUUGAGGAAUUUUUUGAAAUUACAAGAACCCUAUUGCAAGGAGAACGAAAAAAAUCAAAUGAGCUCCAAAUUGUUGUGGAUCAAUAUGAAAAAAUUGUGAAAGAUGUAAAUGAAGAGAAAGCAUCAAUGAAACAAGAGUUGGAGAAAAUUCUGGACAAAACAGCCACUGUUGUUGCAGAGAAUGAGGAAUUUCAAAAAAAGCUGAGUCUACUUCCCAAGUAUGACUUGGUGAUGAAUUUACUUCAAAACAAAAAGAAGUGGGAAGAUUUUGUGAAUGAUUAUGGAGUACUGGAUGAGGAUUUCUUUGGAGAGGAAGGUAACGACCAUGAAAAACAAAAUAAUAGAAAAGAUCAUGCACCACGACGAAAAAAAGCUAAAGCUGGAGAGGGUAAUUCUGUUGACGGAAAUUAUUCAAGUCAGCAAGAGAAGAGCUUUAUGAGAAUGAUGAAACUUUUAUUUACUAACAUUAAGGACACAGUUGCAAACGUGUUAGAAUUAUCAAAUUAUUUUUCUACCCUUGGAUCUGGUUAUCAAUUGCGAACAACGAUAGAGACGGAUCGGUUGAACAGCAUGGACACUGAUUCUCAAAACGUUGCACAAAAUGUUUUAAACCUGGUUUAUGAUAUCAACAGCAGACUUGGAGAAAUACGGAGAGUAGGAAAAAGACAUCAGGACCUUUUAGCUAAAAUUAUUCUUGUUGAGAAUGGAACUCAAACUGAAUUCGAUCCAAGCAAACGACCAAUUAAGGUGAAGCUAGUCCCUUUUGAUCUUGAGGAUAGAUUGAAGGUUGUUUUCUUUGACGCUCGAGAUAAUACUCAAAUUUCUUUUCAUACACAAGAAUUACUCAAACGAAAAGAAGACCUGAUAACAAAUUUACAAGAGCAAAUCAAGCAGUUAAAGCAAGAGCUGGCCAAUGAGAGAGCAUACAGUGAAAAACUUCAAAGUGAAAUACGUGUGAAGAAUGAUAUUAUUUUACGCAAUGAUAUCCAAACUGAAAUGAAUCAACUCAAGGAGGACCGACGAAAAAAAGAGCAAGAAGAACAACGUAAGCGAGAAAUUACAAACAAGAAGAGGGUCAAAAUUGUCAAGCCACAAGAAAAUAACAAUCUCCAACCGCUCGCUACUGAUCAACCUGGUGUCAAUGACGAGCAUCAGCCUUCACCAAACAACAAUCCAGAGCAACAAAAAGAAUCCAUCUCGGAGCAGCCAAUAUCAACACCAAUUAAUUCUUCUCAAGACCAGAAACCAAUUGAAGUCGCCAUGCGUGUCAAUAAGAACAACAACGAACCUAUUCACUCCAAGUCUCCAAACUCAUCCAGAACAUCUCAACAUGGCGAUACAAGAAAAUCACAACAAUUACCAACAACUAAGAACGAUCCAAAAACACCAAAUAACAACAGAUCAAGCCAAAAAACAAACAAAACAGAUCAGCCUCAUGAACAGCAUGCUACAAACAGAAAUAACGUUAGCGUUGAUGAAAAUGCUUCGUUUCACUACACCAGAGAUCACGACAAUGAAUUCCAUGAAGAUGAGUACCUUGAUAAAGAUGUUAAUGAAUCAAUGAGCUCAUCAAAUAGAGUGACCAAUCAAAAUCAAAGUACUAACAAACCUUUACCUUCUGCAAGGACAACCAAGGUUCUGAAUACUGAUGAAAAGCCAAAAGAUAUUCGAAAGACAGUGACUGACAACAAUCAAUCUGCAACAACGAAAACCACUGCACAUCGAACUGAUUAUACCAGGAACGACUAUGUCAAUAACCCUUUGGAAGAAUCUACUGGAAUUGAAAGGACAUACACAAAAGAAGAGCUUCCAAGGGAAGUUACGAAACGAACUCCAAGACAAAUUAGGCAUGAUGAUAAAAGGUCACCUAGAAAUAUGGCUGUGGCUCCCACGCAAGCCUCAGACUUGAUUAGUAGUUAUGUACAAACAGAUGAAACUAUGUUUUCUGGGGAGAGUAUAAGUACGGACGACUUGCAUGUCAGGCCGUAUAACAUUAGUGUGGUCAGGAAAUUGAAUCAGGUCGAGCAAUAUAAGGCCAAGUUGAAACCAAAAAAUCAAAGAAUGAUGGAAUUAAUGACCAAACUUAAAAAUCGUGAGAAGGAACGAACGAAAUCAUUACCUUGGUUGUUGAAGUUCAUGUAUGGGAUUUACAAGAGCAAAUUAAUUGCAUUUUUGUCAGAUGUAGACAAGAGGUAUAUCACCAUUCCAGAAUUUAUUUUCGAACAUUUGAAACACAUUUAUGGCACAAACAAACUUGUAGAUGAAUAUGCUUUAGCUCUGUUAGCAUCUGUAUCUAGAUAUUCUAAAAAAGAUAGAAGAGUCGAGCUUUUCAGCAAAUUUAUUAACGAAGAUUGGAACGUCAAUAUUGUAAACUUUUAUUUGAAAGUGUGGAAAGCAUGUGAAGAUUCCAAAGUUGGUCCUGAAUUUGGAUAUGGAAGACCAGGUGAUGAUGGAGCUACUCCACAUUUUGUUGCAAGAAUUCGAUGCAUGCACGUGUUGAAUAGCUUGCGAGGAGAAAUUGCUCCAAUACUUUCUUCGAUUAUGCGAGAACUCGACCUUCGUUGUAUCACCACUGCAGAAGAUGAAUACUAUCGAGCUCUGAAUUUUGCUGGCUACAGAAUACAGGAUUUGAAUCCAACAGAACAGUGGGGUGUGUCUGAAGCCAUAGCACGACAGAAAAUUUUGAAAGUGGAUUUCUUUUUCAUUGUGUGUGAAGCAAUAGCUAAUUAUAUGAUCUCUACGGGUACUGUUGAUUUGCCAUCAUGUGAUAUUUUGCCUCAAUUAUAA